GCCCCUGCCUCUGAAAGUCUGAAGCGAUUUGGCAGUUCUCGACUCUCGCCGCCGCCGCCGAGGUCUGCAUCCCGGGUGGAGAGCGAGGUCUAGGGAUGGAUUUGGGCUCCUGCAACCUCGGCGGCAACGCCGACGCGGUGGAGUUCUGCCCGCACCGGCCCUUCCGCCACGUCCUGGCCGCCGCCACGUACACGCUGCAGGAGCAGGCGGGGGAGGAGCAGCAGCAGGACCGCGCGGGCACCGUGUCGCUCUUCUCCGUCGAUGCUGCCGCGGAGGACGAGUCCAGGCGGCUCCGGCUGCUCCAUACGGUGGAGACCGCCGGCGUCUUCGACAUGAAGUGGAGCCCUACGGAGCCGCUGCUCGCGCAGGCCGAUGCCCACGGCCGCCUCGUGCUCCGGCGCCUCGAGCAGGAGGAUGGCUCGGAAGAAGGUGUUGUUCUCACAGAUGUCUGUGCUGGAGAUGUUUCUUCUUCAAUGUGCUUGUUUGUGGACUGGAACCAAAAUGCCGAUUCCCUGUCCGUUGGAUUAUCAGAUGGUUCACUCUCUGUGAUUUCUGUGAGAGAAGACCGCUUGGAGGUAUCAGAACAGUGGACCGCUCAUCAGUAUGAAGUUUGGACAUGUUAUUUUGACCGUGCAAGACCAAACGUGUUGUACAGUGGAUCAGACGACUGCUCUUUCAGUUGCUGGGACUUGAGGGAAAGCCCAUCAAACCUUGUGUUUCGGGAUAAAAAAUCUCAUACUAUGGGUGUAUGUUGCAUUGCUCAGAACCCAUUGGAAGGAAACUUGCUGCUCACUGGAAGCUAUGAUGAAUAUCUCAGAGUCUGGGACAUGAGAUCAAUGGCGAAACCUGUGAAUGAGAAGUCCCUAAAUUUAGGGGGCGGCGUAUGGAGGAUAAAAUACCAUCCUAGUAUCGUGGAUGUCAUAUUGGCUGCAUGCAUGCACAAUGGGUUUGCCAUCGUUAAGGUUGGUACCGAAGAUGCUACAGUAAUGGAAACAUAUUGCAAGCACGAGUCGUUAGCAUAUGGCGCAGAUUGGCAGACAAGUGAAGUGGAAGAACAUAACACAGAUUCUUCAGUUAUUGCUACUUGUUCAUUUUAUGAUCGCCUUCUCCGUGUGUGGAAACUGGAGAACCUAGUCAACCACCCAAGCUUUUAAGUCAUACACCAUCAUUGUGCUUAGUUCUUGUAUCACUAUGGCAUGAGAUGGCCUGUAUUCUGAAUGAACCAAAUUGAUUUCAUUCAGGUUGCUUUUUGCAUUUAUGUCUGUUGAAGUGUAUAAGUAGAUUGCCUAGCCCUUUCCAUCAGUUCGGACUUUUGGUUGUGUUGGCUAGUGCAUGAAGCUUAACAUUGUAUGAGAGCCCAGGGUCUCGAUUUCGAGUCCUGGCUUUCGUAAUUUAUCCUAAAAUUGUUGUUGCCCCCUCGGAGUCCUCGUAUAGGCCUGUUGAGCCUGCCUCUGAUUGUCUUCCCGUCUUCCCGUCACAUGUGAGGGGGUGUGUUGAAAGUGCAUGAGUAGAUUGUUCGGACUUUUGGUUGCAUUAGCUAGUGCAUGAAGCUUAACAAUGUAAGUCAUUUGAAAUGAUGAGCUUAUAUGAUGUCUAUUUUAUAGUA